AUGCCAAACUCAAAGGGGGUCAUUACCCCAGACAAGAAGACUGGCGGAAGCGUAAUACAGUUCAGCCAUGUUGGAAAGAAUCGUGGCAAAUCACCCGGUCUCAAACUCUCAGCUUUCGCAAAGCCUUUCAUCCCAGCGAAGCCAUCUGGUAAGAAUGCGACCCCGUUGAGCCAUGAUGAGAAAGAUCACCGCGAAGACCUCGAUCUCAGCAUUUCGGUCCACAAAGAACCUGUCACCAAUGAGGAGCAAAUUGGUGAACACAAAACCCAGUCUCGUCAUGGUGAAAACAAGCGCGAAAAAUUCGAACGUAUCGAUAUCACCACGUCAAACCCCGCAGAGUCUAUCAUCUUGAAGAACCAAACUGGCAACAAAGAGAACCAGUCCAUCCAUGAAGAAGGAAGCCGUGGAGAGCGCCUCUGCCUCAAGUUCUCUAAAGAACCUGUCAUCAAUGAGAAGCAAGCUGAUGACAACAAGAGCCAGUAUAGUCACGAUGAAGAGCAUCGUGGCGAAGGUAUUUCCAGAUUGGACAGUCCUUAUCCUUGGUCGUCCGUCGGCUUGUAUCCCAAGGAGGCUGGCUCAGCUCGGUUCACAUUCUCUCCUCCCAGCCCGGCCAUGGUUGUGAGCAGCGCCAAUGGGAAGGUACCGGUGGCGGCUCUUUCCUCCAGCAACCCGUAUACGAAGCCCACACAGCCGAUCAAAAGAUCGACUUCUAUUCGAUGGGCCAUGAAUCUUCCGGUCCCCCAGAGAAGGCUGACACCUCCUGCCUUCUUGAACGACCCCACUUCCAGCCCUGAAGCUCGGCGGAUUUCUUUCGAGUUCAACACCCGCAGAGCCUUCGGUGGAGAUAUUUACAAUGCUGGCCUAGAGAACGCUGAUUACGACUACCUCGCCGAGCGCCGAGCCUACGUUGCAAGAAGUUUUGAGCGAACUCGAAAGCAGAGAGAGGCAAAGAUUGCUGCUCAACGUUUGAAGAUCCAAUCCGACGCCGACGACGACGAGGACGAUACGAUGGCCUCUACCAGUCCGAUGCCGAGCGACUACAUUCCUCCUCACAAGAGACUCGCCAAGACCAAGGCCAAGGUCAAGGCUGGGGCAAAGGUCGAGCCCAAGAUCGAAGGCCCAGCUACCGAAAGCCAGGAGCCAGCCACGACUACUAGCUACUACGCGGAGUCGGAUACCGCGUCCUCGACAGAUGAUGCUAGCUCGCGCGUUUCUCUUUCAGGAACACUGAAGAAGUCGGCGCCCUUGACACCCAUGGCUCUAGAGAAUCUUCCGGAGAGAAUGGGCGUCACUACCAAGUCGAAGAAAAGCCACUCGUCUUGGGAUGUGAGCAAUAAUGGCAGAGCUUCAUCGGCCCGCGACAGAGAGGAUCUCAACAAAGUCGCUCAGUCCGAGAUGAAAGCCACUGGCACUCCAUCUUUUCUAACUUGGCUUUAUACUCUGGAUGGCCCGCUCGUCACUUCCUUCCUCGACGAGAAUCAGGAUCACCACCACCACGAUGUCAGCACCGACACUGGAAAGCUCAUCGAUCGCAUCGAGCAGCCGCCCACAAAAGCUAAUAUUGAGGAUGAGAAGGACAUGACACCCGAGAUGAUUCAACGUCGUCGCGAAUGGACCAGUAACCUGAUCGUUAAUCGCGAGAUCAUGGUUCGAAAGAACAUCGCCAUUCGUCAACGCUUGCAGCAGGAGGAGCGAGCCCACCACAAAAUGGCCAUUCUUCGGGAUCGUGACUACAAGAGAGAUGCUGCGACUCCCACGAAGAUGAGAACCGCAGUGGCGCAUACCUUGGACGAAAACAGUCGUCUUGCAGACUGCGUCCUUCGUCCUGCCCAGCCUUCCGAUGCCGAAGCUUGUGCCGAGAUGUACAACCUGGCUGUCGGUAAAGAUCACCUGGUGACAGAUACCUACCCGGUGUCUGUUGAGCGGUUCGAGUACAUCAUGAUCGAGUGCAAAAGACAAAAGCUUCCAUUCAUCGUUGCGACUACCAAGACGACUGACUUGACCGACCCCGGCAACUGGCCGUCUCGCGAUGCUUACCGGCAGUACAUGAAGUGGAUGCAGUCUCAGCCUGCAAAGGUACCAUCCCCUGAGACUACUGUCUACGGAUUCGCCUACCUCCGUCCGUACGAGACAGGUAUUGGAGGACUCACCGGCAACGCGACGCCGACUGUCAAGGCUACAAUCUUUGUUCAUCCUGAGCAUCGACGUGGUCGGAUCGGAAGUGCCCUUCUUCAUCAGCUCCUCAGUCAAGUUUCCAUCUUGUACCACGGCUUUGUCGAGUGCCAGUGGGCUGAUCCGAAAGCUGGAGAGGACGCGUUCUACAAGCCCGACUUCCGGGAUAUUCACCGUGUUGUUGUACACACGAUGGCCCAGAGCGAGGGCGGACAGGGUCUCAAGUGGAUGGACGACUUCAUGUCGUCUUUCCAGUUCGAAAAGGCCGGUCGUCUGAACCAGGUUUACAAGGUGAAGCAACCCCACGGCGCCGAUUGGUAUGACCAGAUAGUCUGGCAGCACUGGGCGAACAAGAUCCCGUGCAAAACAUUCUACGUGGCAGACGACUCUGAGUGCUCCUACGACUAUCCUGGAAAGCGCCACUCUCCUGGUGCUCGAAGAGCCAAGUCCCCCGAUGCUCCUAAGGAUCAGCAUCAUGGCGAUAGGAGCCAUGACAGCGACGACGUCUUUGGAGCCUAA